AUUUCCCGCAAGAAACAACAAACAGGCCCUUCCCUUCCACUCCCCUUCUCAUCUCACUCCCCGCGCUCUCUCUCUCUCUCUCUCUCUCUUCCCAAGAAGCGGACGAAGCGCGGCGCUGCAGAUUUGGAUCCGGUUCCCAAUGCCUCCCAAGGCCGUCCUGUAGCUCCCGUCUCCGCUGCCCGACCACCGCAGCGGCCACGGCACGGCGCCUGGAUUCGGCGACCGCGUGGCCGGAACUCCAGAUCCGAGCAAAGCCGAGCCUUUCUUGGUGACCUCUUUGCUCUAGCUCGAGAUUGGCGGCUGCCAUUCCCCCCUCCUCUUCUUGGUUAAGAUUUGAAGGAUAGCUUGUCCAGUUUUGGUGGUUUUAGGGGGUCGGUCUUGGUUUUUUACGACUCAGUUUGCAUCUUCACGGUCCAGAUUUAGCUGCAUUUGCCCGGAUUGGGAUCUUUCUGUGAUAAAAAUCUCGUCUUGUUUGUAAAUUUCUCUUCUGGUUGCGUCAGAACUGGUCUUUCUGUUGCAUUAGCCGUAGAGUUGGACAUUUUGGUUACUUUUCCUGGGUCUUGCUCCAUUUCGUGCAAAUCUUGGUAUCCUAGUGGUAAGCUUUGGUAAGCUUUACUGUGGCCAUGGUAUUGGUGUGAGAAAACUUUUUGGAAGAUGUGGAAACAGUUCCUCAGCAAGCUGCCCCGGAAGUCCUCGGCCUCCGGGGAGUCAGGUCAGUGCAGCAAUGGCACCGGGAUACAGCGCACGAGCAGCUGUGGCAGCACCCCGCCCGGUCGCCCGGCUUCCGCCAUUAGGCGCAUGUCAUCCGCCGUCUUUCCAUCAAGCGUCGUGGCUGGCAUUGAGCCGUUGGUUUCGUUUAAGGAUGUCCCGAACUCAGAGAAGCAGAAUCUGUUCGUGAGCAAGUUGAGCCUCUGCUGUGUUGUAUUUGAUUUCUCGGACCCGAACAAGAGUUCCGUGGAGAAAGAUAUCAAAAGGCAGGCAUUGUUGGAUCUUAUAGAGUACGUUGAAUCCAGCAAUGCCCGUUUCUCCGAGUCGGUGAUUGCUGCCUGCUCUAGGAUGUGUGCCAUCAAUCUGUUCCGGGCAUUCCCACCAAGUUACAGGUCCGGUUCAUCUGGUGGUGGUGAGGGUGACGACGAGGAGCCAAUGUUCGAUCCUGCAUGGUGUCAUCUACAGCUUGUGUAUGAGCUACUACUGAAAUUUAUUGGAUCCUCAUCGUUGGAUGCAAAGAUAGGAAAGAAGUACUUUGAUCACUCGUUCCUUGUGAAACUCCUCAAUCUUCUUGAUUCCGAGGAUCCAAGAGAAAGGGACUGCUUGAAAACUAUCCUGCACAGGAUUUAUGGGAAGUUCAUGGUACACCGUCCUUUCAUCCGCAAAGCGGUGAGCAAUAUAUUCUACCAGUUCGUGUUUGAGACUUACCGGCAUAAUGGGAUUGCUGAGCUGCUGGAGGUAUUUGGCAGCGUCAUUAGUGGCUUUGCAUUGCCUCUGAAGGAAGAACACAAAAUCUUUCUCUGGAGAGUUUUGGUUCCUUUACACAAACCAAAAUCAGUUGGUCUGUAUCUCCAGCAGUUGACCUACUGUGUGACACAGUUUCUAGAAAAGGACCCAAAGCUUGCAAGCUCGGUAGUAAUUGGUUUGUUAAGAUAUUGGCCAAUAACUAAUUGUCAGAAGGAAGUGAUGUUUCUGAGUGAGAUCGAAGAGAUCAUGGAGUCUACCAGCCAGGUGGAAUUCCAGAAAUGUAUGGUUCCAUUGUUUCGGCGGAUUGCUCAUUGCAUCACUAGUUCUCAUUUCCAGGUUGCUGAAAGAGCACUCUUUGUGUGGAACAAUGAUCACAUUAUCAGCUUGAUUGCACAAAACCGCCAAGUGAUCAUGCCUAUUGUUGUUCCAGCAUUAGAACAGAAUAUUCAGAAUCACUGGAACCAAGCAGUCCUGAAUCUGACUGCUAAUGUAAAGAAGAUGUUUUCUGAGAUGGAUGAGGAUCUCUUCUCUUCAUGCCUGGCUAAGUACAAGGAGGAUGAAGAAAAGCGGGUAUCUUUAGAAGCAAAGCGGAAGUUGACCUGGGAUAAGCUAGAGUCAGCUGCAUCUUUCCAGCCAGUUACUGGCCAUACAGCGGUCAUGGUAGGCCACCAGCCGUCAGCAAAUCUGAUUGCCACCCUGAUUUAGCUUGUGCACACUGGCGAAUCAAAUGGUGCUCUUCCCCUUUUUGGUGAAGUGCGGCAAGCGCAGCGUUCACUAUUUUGCUCUUAUUUACUUUUUUUCAUUUGUUGGUAUGAGUAAGCAGUGUUGUAAUCUGUAACUAUUUAUGUAUGUUUAUGCUCUAGGCAAGCAUACCUGUAAGACUACUGAGUGCUGACGCUCCUUAGUCCUUACCUGUAUCUUUGCCUGUUUAAUGUCAUCAAUGAUCAAAUAUCCUUCAUUCGAA